AUGUCAGAUCAGCGCUUGUUUUCGAAAUACAAGGCUUAUGAAAUAAAGUCAGAGCUGCAACAGGUUAAUUUGAAGAAGCACCGUAUUUCUGCUGUCAAAAGAAAGAAUGCUUUAAAGAAAAUCAUUGCAAAUUUGACCAUGGGAAACUUCAAUGAGAUGGCUCUGCUUUUUCCUGAUAUACUUAAAUUUUGGCAAAUUGACGAUGAUGUUGAGGUGAGACGUAUUUGCCACCAUUAUUUGGUUGCAAUGGGUCCUACAAAGUCAGCGUAUCUAAAAGACGCUCUGCAGUUAGUUUUGAAGGAUCUUGACUCUGGGACCGAGGAGGUUAGAAUUAUGGCAUUAAGAACACUGAGCUCGAUUCCUUCCACUGAUUACUUGAACGAAGCGUUCAAAUCGGUGAAAUCGGUCUUACAGAGUUCGGCGUCACCUCGCCUGAAAAAGACAGCAAUUCAUGCCAUUACGAAACUUGAUCAAUCGGACCACAAUCGUAUUUGGCCCCUGCUAAAUAUACUAAGACGAUUGGUUGACGAAAUAAAGGAAGAUUCUUCUGUCCAAGCACAUGCGUUAUACGUCAUGUAUCGAAUUCACGAAGCCAACGAGGAUAUGAAAAUGAUGACCCUAGAGCGUGACACAUGUUUCCGUAUGCUCGAAAUGCUACCAGCACUAAAUGAAUGGGAUCAUUCCUUAGUGCUUGAGUCAAUGAUCACUAGCUAUGCCCCUCAAACUCAUUCAGAAGCACAUCAUCUAAUCGAGAUAGUACUACCACAAUUGCAGCACGUCAACACUUCUGUGAUAUUAAAUGCCUUGAAGUUCAUCAUGUAUCUCAUAAACUACGUCGAUUAUCUCCAAGAGGGCUUAAUCAAAAGACUCUCAAACUCAAUUGUCACAUUAUUGAAUAAGCCUCCAGAAUUGCAAUUUCUAGUGCUAAGAAAUGUUAUUUUGCUGUUACUCAGUCGUGAAGAGCCACUUUUGAAAGUCGAUGUUUCAUAUUUUUUUGUUGAAUUCAACGACCCCAUAUACAUCAAAGACACCAAGCUGGAAAUCUUAUAUCUAUUGGCCAAACAUGCCAACUUGUCUCAAAUUUUACAGGAAUUAAAGGAAUAUGCUACAGAUAUUGAUAUCCAAAUGUCAAGAAAAGCGAUUAGAGCAAUAGGAAAUCUUGCUGUAAAGCUGGAGCACUCUGCUAGCGAAUGUGUUGCAGUUUUACUAGAGCUUUUGGAUUUCGGAGUCGAAUAUAUUGUUCAAGAAAUUGUUUCUGUAUUCAAAAACAUCCUUAGAAAGUAUCCCGGCCAGUUUGAAAGCUGUGUCGACAAAUUAGUUCAAUUCACGGAUUCCGUUCAGGAACCAGAGUCUAGGAGUUCUAUGAUUUGGAUAAUCACCCAACAUUCUUCCUAUCUGCCCAACUACCUGGAACUAUUCCAGAUAUUUUCUUCAAACUUUCAGGACGAAACUUUAGAAGUUCAGUUUUCAAUCCUGAACUCGUCAGUCAAAUUCUUUGUAAGAUCGCCAACGGAAGCAACGGAAAAGUUAUGCGUGGACAUCCUAAGGUACUCAACAGAAAAGAUCGAUAACCCGGAUCUUAGGGAUCGAGCUUUCAUGUAUUGGCGACUUUUAUCGGCAGCGCAACAGAACAAUGGACUCCCACUGUCAAUCGAGACUGUCAAAGAUAUUGUAGAUGGCGACUUACCCCUGAUUACGUUGAAUACACGCCUUGAUCCACAAGUACUCGAGGAACUGGAAUUGAAUAUAGGCUCAAUUGCGUCCAUAUAUUUGAAACCAGUUAGCCAGGUAUUCAGGCUCAAUAAAACUAAAGUUCUUCCGAAAAGUCCGGCUCUUAAUCUUGAUAGAGACAAUAUCGACAUUAUUGCAGAUAGUUCAAGCACUCGUUCCUCAAGUGUAGUUGAUUUGAGAUUUUCUGCACCAAGCAGGACAAGCUCCUCACCAAUUAAAAAAAUGGAUGAUUAUGAUAAACCCGCUGAGAAGGUGAAUUCUUUGAAAACCAAAAAGAGAAGCAGCUCAAGUGCUGUAAAAUUGACAAGAAAGCCCUCUGUAUUAGCUAGAAAACUUUCUAUGAGGAGGCCUUUUGCUUGA